CAGCAUUUAAUAUCUUGAGUGUGUUGCAUACAAAAUUUCCUGAACCAGAGGGCAAAGUCAGCAACACGAAAAUGAUAACUGAAGCCAAGCCGUAAACCACUGCUACACUCUCUGAUCUUGUCCAAAGGGCAAGCAGAAUGCAGUGGUGCAGUAAUAACAAAGUGUGCUGCUGUUACUGCUGAAAGAGUGUCCAAACACAGUCAUGGCAGAGAAUGAGGAAUGGGGAAAGCCUGCGGUGAGGAGAGGGGCUUCACCUGGUGCGCUGAUGUCCCCCGACAGAGAUUAACUGUGGUCCUGGUGUUGGCAACGCUCAUAUCGGCAUUUGGUUCAUCAUUCCAGUAUGGUUACAAUGUGGCUGUGAUCAACUCUCCAUCACCGUUCAUGCAGCAGUUCUAUAAUACCACCUACAUGGAGCGUUAUGGCAGUCCGAUGGAGGAGAACCUCCUAACUCUGCUGUGGUCUCUUUCUGUGUCCAUGUACCCACUAGGAGGCUUCUUCGGCUCUCUGAUGGUGGCCCCUCUGGUCAACAAAUUAGGGAGGAAGGGCACCCUACUCUUCAACAACAUCUUCUCCAUCGUCCCUGCUGUAAUGAUGGGAGUCAGCGAGAUUGCCAAGACCUAUGAGAUCAUCAUUGUGGCUAGGUUCAUAGUGGGCAUCUGUGCAGGUCUCUCAUCCAACGUGGUGCCAAUGUAUCUGGGAGAACUCUCACCCAAAAACUUGAGGGGAGCCCUUGGCAUCAUACCACAGCUCUUCAUCACCAUCGGCAUCCUCAGUGCACAGGUGCUGGGCAUCAGAAACAUACUGGGCAACAGCACAGGUUGGACCCUCAUGCUGGGUUUGACUGGUAUCCCUGCCAUGAUAGAGCUCCUGCUGCUGCCCUUCUUCCCAGAGAGCCCCAGGUACAUGCUCAUCCAGAGAGGAGAUGAAAAGACAGCAAAGAAAGCGCUACAGCGCCUGCGUGGCAGUAACGAUGUGGAUGCAGAGCUGUCAGAGAUGCGUCUGGAGGACCAGUCGGAGAGGGCCGAUGGCCGACUUUCUGUGCUCAGCCUGCUGUCCCAGCGCUCCCUUCGCUGGCAGCUGAUCUCCAUCAUCGCCAUGAACAUGGGCCAGCAGCUGUCGGGGGUCAACGCUAUCUACUACUAUGCAGAUAGCAUAUAUGCCACUGCAGGAGUCAAGCAGAGUGACAUCCAGUAUGUUACUGUGGGAACAGGUGCAGUGAAUGUCUUCAUGACCAUGGCUGCUGUCUUCAUUGUGGAAGCCUCGGGACGACGGCUGCUCCUGCUCUGUGGCUUUGGGAUCUGCUGUGGAGCCUGUGUGCUGCUCACUGUUGCUCUCACCUUCCAGGAAAGCGUGACGUGGAUGCCCUACAUCAGCAUCACCUGUGUCAUCAUCUACGUCAUAGGACACGCAAUAGGACCCAGUCCUAUUCCUUAUGUGGUCACCACCGAGAUGUUCAGGCAGUCAGCCAGGCCAGCUGCUUUCAUGGUCGCAGGCUCCGUCCACUGGCUCUCCAACUUUACUGUUGGCCUCAUCUUCCCCUUCCUAGAGAGAGGUCUGGGCUCCUACAGCUUUAUCAUUUUUUCCUUCAUCUGUCUGGUCACGCUGAUCUACAUCUGGCUGGUGGUCCCGGAGACCAAAAACAAGACGUUCCUGGAGAUCUGCCAGAUAUUCGCCAAGAGGAACAACGUGGAGAUCAAACUGGGUGAUGGUGAUCUGCCACUGAAAGAGAGCAAAGAAAGCCUGGAGGAUGCAGUGAGGGUCACAGCCUUUUGAAGACAAAUGAGAGCAUUCAGAGGAGAGGAAGUCUUCACUCUUGGGAGGAUUGUAAUGGACUGGGAAUGUCUUAAUUUAGCCUCUAUUUUCUGUUUUCUAUUUCACAAAGAACCUUUACAGAAUCUCUUUGUAUAUAGUUUGUUUGUGGCUACUAAGAUCUUUGUGCAAUUCAAUUCCAGCUAAAAAUACAGUGAAACUUGAUGUGCACAUUGCAACGCCACCUUAUAGAGGUGUGAAUUGGUGCUUGAGUCAUUAAACAAACCAACAAGUCACUUAUAAGCCUUUAUUGACGAUGCAAAGGUAAGAAUACAAUACAUGGCUGGAGCUAUAAGAUACAGUUUCAUAAAAAAAUGAAUUACAGGUGCCUGAAAGACAUUUUAUCCUUCAUUCCACGUGUCAUACACAUUUUAAAAUCCCCACCAUCAGCACUGAUAUUUUGGUUUACUGCAGCAUUUGAAAGCACUUGUGAACAGAAGCAGCUGAGCCUCUUCAAGAGCAUCUGUACUGACUGUCCAGCUGCACCCCUCCAAACAGACUGAGUUUGGUAGUUCCCCAGCUGAACACAUUUCCCACCACGGUGCUGUUUGUCUCACAUGACAUCUGGUCCCGGAUAUCUGCUGUCGUCAGCACAUAGUCCCAGAUGUUGACAUCAGUCAUCUUACCCACAAAGGCGUCUGCAUUGGAGAUGCCCAGUAAUCCAUCCUGGUCUUUGCCCAGGAUGAACACACCACCGGGGCUGAUUGUGUAACCGCUUUUCAGGUACCGCUGCUCCCCCACCAUGCCAUUGAUCCACAGCUCCGCGCCUCCAGUGUGGGACGACCAGGUGAUGCAGUAGUUGGCCCAAUCGUGGGACUUGAAGUUGUGCGGCAGGUUGACAAACUCGUUGCCAAUCCAGAGGCCCACCUCUCUCGCAUCUCUGUCCUCGCCAAUGGAUAUCAUCAUCUCGUUGUCAUUGCUGUUACUGGCAUAGGAGAUGACGGUGUGGACCCCCUCGAGCUGAGGCAAGACAUGCAUGCAGACUGUGAAAGAGUCCAGCUCCAUGGGAUGGCUGAGGCGGGCCAAAGCAUAACUUCCAGAAUUUUUCUCCGGGAAGACGAGCAUCAAAGGAAACAGACCAUGAGGUUCUGAGCAAAACAGAAAAACUAGAAUCACACUGAAAUCUACUUUUAAUCAUCCACAGUCAUAAAUCCCAGUUAGAUCUCAAAUUCAAUCAGAAGGAAAUCAAUGACUCACCAUGUCUGUAAGGCCCUGAGUUGCGAAAUCCACCUUAAGGGAAUAAGUAAGAAAGAAGAGUAAAUAUGGGCAUUUUCAUUUCACAUCCAGCCAUCUUCAGCAGUUUUUAUGACUCACCUGAAGUGAUAUGCUUUCCAAGAGAUGUUAUUAGACCCUCGAUCUUCAGGAGCCUGGAUUCAAUCUCAUCUUGCCGACAAAAUGCUGAAAAGACAAA